AAGCCAGCUCCCUCACUCAGGCUCAAGUCUAAGAUCAAUGCGGACGGCCGCCUAUCCUUUUCUCUCCCCUCCGUCGUCAGUUGUGUCUCCAUCAUUGUCAGUCCAUUUUGCGCACGGAGUGUAGCAACUGCCUUCUGUAGGUGGAAAUAUCCCGUUUUCAAUUGGAGCAUUCAGCAUGGGUGGGACAGCAGCUGAUGAUAUGGAGUGGGGAGACAUCGAGGGGGACGACUCCAAAACCACCCUUGUAUUGGUGGGGAGGACUGGCAAUGGGAAGUCAGCCACAGGCAACUCCAUCCUUGGAAUGUCUGCGUUCAAGUCUGCAAGGAAAGCUGCUGCCGUGACAAACACGUGCCAGCUCGAAACGAUUGCUCGCGACGAAGGGGGCUAUCUUGCAGUCAUUGACACUCCAGGGCUCUUUGACUCAUCUCUGCGGCCUGAAGAGUUGGAGUCCGAGAUUAGCAACUGCAUAUCCCUCGCUCGUGAGGGCCUGCACGCGCUCAUCAUCGUUCUGUCGGUUAGGAACCGGUUCACCACAGAAGAGGUGGCGGCAAUCACCAGCCUGGAGAUGCUGUUUGGGCCGGAAGUCUUGAAGUACGCAAUUGUGCUGUUCACUGGGGGAGAUGAACUGGAGGAAGAUGAGACGACCCUCGAAGACUAUCUGAACGGGGAUGCAGGAGCGCAGCAGCUCAAUGACCUUCUUGUCAAGUGCGGCGGCCGCAAGGCCCUUUUCAACAACAAGACCAAGGACCCGUCGAAACGUCAGCAGCAGAGGAACGCCCUACUGUCCCUGGUGGACAACGUUCUGGCGGAACACAGAGGCCAGCCAUACACGCACGAGCUUUUCGCACGCGCUCAGGAGCUGGCGGCCGCUGCCAAGCGCGAGGCAGAGUUGAAACAGCAACUGACCGCGUCGCAGAGCGCGGAGAUUGAGUCUGAGCGUUACGUUGCAUUGAAGGCCGAGUUUGAGGCGCUCAAGCUACAGCUCAUCAAGGGGAAUGAGGACCAAGUGCAAGUCAUUUCGAGGAUUGUGGAGGAGAAUCUGAGGGCGACGGCACUGCUGGAGAUGGAGGAGAAGAUGGAGGAGCUGCGGCAGAGCUCGGCCAAGCGGGACCAAGAGGUGCUGAAGCUGAAGGAGGCGAACGAGAAGGCGCAGCGCGAGCGGGACGAGAUGGAGCAGCGGUGGCGCGAGGACCGGGAGAAGUUUGCGCGGGAGAAGCAGGCGUACGAGCGGGCGAAAGCGGAGGCGGAGCGGAUGAAGAGAGAGUAUGAGGAGGAGGUGCGGGCGCGGCGGGGCCGACUGGACUGCAGCAUCUUGUGAGGUUCAGACUGUGAGAUUGGCAGUAGGUUCACUGUCAGCUGAAGGCACGUUUAGAAGCGGAUGAGUGUACAGUACUUGUGGAUAAUUACAGUGAUGCUUGUUUAGUUGGUCGGAUGUUUGGCGCGCUGGGGCGUCCUCUUGCUUUGUAUGCAUAUGUAUAGUGGUUAUAAAACUCAGAGAUCACGCACUGAUGGGUAUAUGUGGAUCAAUAGUAGUGCUUAGCGCAUUGAGGAACUGUGGUAGUAACUCCCUUGGGUAGAUUUUCUACUUUUAGGAGGCAGCCGCCCAGGGUUGCACGAAAUUCAGGUUGUACAUUCCUUCUGAGGCACGUUCCUCUUGAUGCACAUUCUUUUCAGUGCCUGAUUGGCAACCGAUCGUCCAAGAAGAAUUUCGCAGGCCGCA